UCUCUAACUUGCGAAAAAAACAUUUUGGCGCCACAAUUACAGAGGAAGAGGACGGACGAGGGCAAAAAAACUCUAUGAUUGAUCCAAACCUCUUAUCAUGCAAUCAAAAAUCAAUUCCUUCUUCAAACCCUCUUCUUCUUCAUCAUCUUCUCUUUCUGCUUCAGAAACUUCAAACCGAGCACCUUCUGAUGCUAGUCGAGGCCAAGGCGACGAUUUGGCUGUUUGGGAGAGAAGUCGACACGUCAUCGUCAACAAAUACGAGCGUCGAUCCGAAAUAGCUUAUAGAAGCAUAGAUGAUGAGGAAUACAUCGAAGAUCCUUCUAAGAAGCAACUUUCGAAGAAAGAAACUGCUGCUUCUUCGAAGAACCUCAACAAGAAACGCAGUUAUGCUCAGUUCCACUUAGAACUGGGCCAAUCUGAUUUUCUUCUCAGACAUUGUGCUGAGUGUGGAAUUAAGUAUGCUCCUGGAGAUGAAUUGGACGAGAAGAACCAUAGAACAUUUCACAAGAACCACAUGCACGGGAUUAGAUUCAAGGGCUGGCAGAAUGAAAGAAGCUUUGCAACGCAUUCUUUCAAAGGGGGUCGCAUCAUUAUGAUUGUGGAAGAUGACUCUCCCGCACACAAAAACAAGGUGAAGGAGGUUGUGAAAACAAUGGAAAUUGAGUUGGGUGAGGAUUGGAUUCUUCAUAAAAGUUGUAAGGUGUACCUCUUCAUUUCCUCUCAGAGGAUUGCAGGCUGUCUGGUUGCAGAACCAAUCACAGAGGCAUUUAAACUCAUACCUCGCCUCGAAGAUGACAAACAAAGAACUUCCAUUUCCCGAAAGAAAGAGACUUCACCUUCAACCACGAUCCCAUUUGGAAACAUCGUUCUACAAAGAGAAGUAUCGAAAAGAUCCCGGCCAUCAGAGGAUAGAUCAUAUUAUGGUGCAGCUAUUGUAUGUGAAGAAGAAGCUAAACCAGCUUCCUGUGGUGUCAGAGCCAUCUGGGUCUCGCCUUCAAACAGAAGAAAAGGCAUAGCAACACAAUUACUCGAUACCUUAAGGGAAAGUUUCUGCCAUGGCCGUGUGCUGGAGAAAUCUCAGUUGGCGUUCUCGCAACCGAGCUCUUUGGGGAAAGCUUUUGCAUUCAGUUAUUUUGCUACUUCUGCAUUCUUGGUCUACAAAGCCGGUGAUUCUUCCUGAUAAACCUAAUCAGUACUUUUACAUACAUUGAAAAGCACAGGUGAUGUUUCUUGAAUUCAUCAUCUGCUUCAAUUGUUAAUU